GGCUUCUCCGACUCCAUAAGCGAUAGUAUUUAGUAAUGGUCCUAAUGGACCUCUUCGUACUCCGUGGCACUGCCCUCCAUUUCUGAUCAAAGGGGUUCUUUAAUGGAGGUCGGAGUCUACGGCGGCGGCCUCUGUUGAGUUUCUUCUGCUCUGUUUUGAGCGUUUUAAGCAGAGGAAGAAGAUGGGUCAGGGGCUGAGUUGCAGUGCGAGUCAUGAGAAUGGAUUGUUUAGUGCUGUGCAGUGUGGGGAUUUGGAGAUGGUUCAAGUCUUGUUGAAGAACGAUCCAUCUCUGUUGCAUAAUACCACUCUCUAUGAUCGUCAAUCUCCGCUUCAUUUUGCCGCUGCUAAUGGGCAGAUCGAGAUCCUCUCUUUGCUUUUGGAACGAUCUGUAAAUCCGGAUUUGUUGAAUCGUCACAAACAGACUCCGCUUAUGUUGGCAGCAAUGCAUGGGAAGAUCUCUUGUUUGAAGAAACUCCUUGAAGUUGGAGCAAAUAUUUUAAAGUUUGAUUCUCUUCACGGGAGAACUUGCUUGCAUUAUGCUGCUUAUUAUGGUCAUUUUGAUUGUCUAGAAGCCAUUCUUUCUGCAGCUCAAUCAAGCCCUGUUGCUGCUUCCUGGGGAUUUGUACGAUUUGUGAACAUUAGAGAUGGUAAAGGAGCAACCCCUUUACACUUAGCAGCUCGUCAAAGGAGACCCGAAUGCAUUCAUAUUCUGUUGGAUAAUGGAGCUCUUGUUAGUGCUUCAACCGGUGGAUAUGGAUGCCAAGGAAGUACUCCCCUUCAUUUGGCAGCUCGUGGGGGAUCCUUGGAUUGCAUCAGGGAAUUGUUGGCUUGGGGGGCAGAUCGUCUUCAGAGAGAUUCCACUGGGAGAAUUCCCUAUGUAAUUGCUAUGAAGCACAGACAUGGAACUUGUGCAGCCUUGCUGAAUCCUUCAUCCACAGAGCCACUUGUUUGGCCAUCACCCUUGAAAUUUAUCAAUGAGCUUAAUCAAGAAGCAAAAGCUUUAUUAGAACAAGCUCUAAUGGAGGCUAACAGGGAGAGAGAGAAGAGUAUCUUAAAGACAAAUUCUCAUGGACUUCCCUCUCCAUCACAUUCUGAUGCAGUGGAUGACAAUUUGUCUGAGAUCAGUGAUGGAGAUGCAGAGUUAUGCUCCAUUUGCUUUGAGCAAGCUUCCACAAUUGAAGUCCAAAACUGUGGCCAUGUUAUGUGUGCUCAAUGCACUCUUUCCCUUUGCUGCCACAGCAAACCGAACCCAACCACGGCGUGCCUGAUGCCUCCGGUUUGCCCGUUUUGUCGAAGCAACAUUCUACACUUGGUCGUUGCAAAAACUAAAACAAGGGAAGAAGUAGACGACCACGAAACUAAUAACUCCAAGCAGAGAAAGGGAAGGAAGUCCCACAACUUCAGUGAAGGUGGCAGUAGCAGCUUCAAAGGGUUGUCGUCGAUGAGCUCGUUUGGGAAGAUCGGUGGUGGCCGGAACUCGGGACGGAUAGCUGCAGAAGAGGAUCAGUCAGUUGAUAAGCUUGGUUAAUAGGUGGAAAUGGCAAAUCAUACCAUCUUUUUUUUAUCAACCAAGAUCCUCUUUUCCCGCAUUUGCAAACAAAUCAAAAGGUUUCAAUUACUUGACUUUUAAUGUCGGGUCCCUAUCAAUACAUAAUAUAAUAUAGAGUGGGAAAAAAAACCAAAAAGCCAAAAAAAAAAAAAGUUGCUUGUAGAAUUGGGAAAUAAGAGAGAUAUUAAGCAAAGAAAUGAGUUGGGUUGGUGACUUUUUUUUAUCUUUGUGGGUCAUGUUUAGUUGUAAUAUGAUUUGUUUAAGUUGAUAUUGAAAAGUCAAAAGAAAAAAAGAAUGAGAGAGAUUAUUUAUUUAAAAAGAAAUAAA